AAAAGAGAGUGGUUACUCAUAGUGGGUCAGUAUCAUCGUGGAUUUCGCAAGUUGCAGAUGUAAAGAACGCUUUUAUAAAAACUGAAUCUAAAGGGGAAACUCCCGUAGGAAGUAGAACCAUGGCAGACACGGAAGUCCAUGCCGCCAGUCCUCCGCCUCAUAUACUCGGUUACACAAUCCGUAGUCGCACGCGUAUUUGGGUUUCCUAUAUAGUGCCCACUUGUCUGGGAGUCUUAGUUUACAUUGUCCAAACCUCCUCGGAUGUGGCAUUAAGUAUCCAGUUCUUCAGCCAAAAAGAGCCGGGCUACGGAGCUGGCACCCUGGUCCUGGUGAUUCUCCCCCCAUUGGUCACCUUCCUCUUAGUGGCGGUAUCUAAGGAGCAGCGAGAUUGCGCUUGCUCAGAGCGGAACAAAUGCACUGCCCUUGGCAUUGGAUUGCUUAAGCUUUUCCUGUUCCCAUUCUUUGUGAUUUACAGGUUUUGUACGCGUUUGUUUUGGGCCAUCGAUGGACUCUUUCACGACGACGACGAUGUGGAGCGUAUGAUGUGUUUGACCAAGGCCACGGAAACCUCCAGCAUUGAAUUGUAUCUGUUGAUCCAAUCUUAUGCACAGGCUGCUCCACAAAUUAUCCUGCAGUUGUACUACAUGCUCGCCCAGGAUAUGUUUCGGAACUAUGAGACAUCUGCUGUCCAGGCGUUAUCCCUAGUGUUUUCCGCCAUUGACCUGGCUGCCAUCACCACUAGCUACCACAGGAUUGAAAGUCAGCGGAGGGUGGGUCGCCAUUACCCUUGGGCCACGUCCAAACAGGUGGACGCUCAUCGUUGUCAGCUAGAGCAGAAUGAACGCCUCUGCUGCGAAGUUGAACGAAAGAAGCGUGAAUCGGAGCGCACCAUCACCAGUUUUCCGGAAUCAGACAAGAUAAUGGAGAACUUUAGAGCCCGAAAAUCAUUGCUUAAUUCUGGCGAAGCCACACAUGAGUUGCACUUUCAAGGAGAAGAUGAGGUGGACAAUGAUGCUUUGGAGCAGCUAGAAACUCAAGCAUUGCUGCACUCUCCGAGGGAUAAUGCCACGGAUGAGGAGAAGAUACAAGGAACAAGGCCUAAAUUAAAAGUACGAUACGAGGAUCUGGGAGAUGUGAACACCAUCGAAGUAUUGGACAGCAUUCCCGAGACACCAGCACCACCUCCUCCUCCAAAAACCGCGCCGCCAGAGUUACCUAUUCUUAAACCCACCGAAGAGGAUCCACCGACUCCUGAUUUGCGACGUACCAUGUCGGAUACUGAGCAUAGAAAGAGCCGUCGAGUAACAAGACCUCUAUCCCAGUUGGAAACCUUCAAGGAUAUGUUGCUGGUUAAUGCUCAGCUCUAUAUAAAAGAGAAUGUCCCACAUCCACCUAAAUUACUGAUCAGCAGGUUGAAAGAUGAGGAUCCCGAAGAGCGUAGUACACUGAUUCCACAGUCACCCAAACCAUCUCCAUUGACGCCCAAGGACGUGGUGGACUUUUAUUUUCCACGGCCCACAAAAAUAGUGAACGGUAUACUGCAGGAUGAUUUUGCGGGCAGAACGGUGUCGUUCUUCGGUUGGAUUGCCUUCAUUACCAUGAGGAUGCUAGCCUUGUCCACCUUCUGCGUCUUUUAUCCGAAAGCAUUCUUUAUCCUGGUUGGAGUACAUUAUGGCCUGAUGUUGUGUUGUCUGGCGUUGGAAACUCGUUGUCGAGGUAGCUGGAGCCGGAAGCUGUUCCUCUUGCUCCUCGCUUAUAUUUACAUAUUUGUGUUAAUGGAAUUUCGGGUGUGCUUCAAGAGCAUUCGAUUGUGGUAUGGUGGUUACCUGGUGCUCACUCUGCUCGAGAAUAUUACAAUAUCCUCGAUUUGGUACGCUAACGAGGACUACGAGUCCUGGUGGUUUGGCUUUAUCUGGGAGUGGAUUGUGUACAGCGGAAUCCUCUUUCUGGCCACCUUAAUCGUUUACUACUGUAUUCUCCGACCUAAAGAAGUAGCACUCAUAGUGGAGGACGAUAGUCCGGCGGAGCCAGAGGAACAAGGUGUUGCUUAGCAAUAUCCAUUUUAGUUUGUUAUAUCGAAGUAGCUUUGUAAGUCUUCAGUCUGUCACUGAAAAACGAAUAAAUUAUUUACCUCA